AUGCUUGUCCACCAGCCAAACUCCUGGGGCCAGGCACUCGUUACACCGAUCGCCUGGCCCAUCGCCUGCACUUUUCGCCAGCGCGGCCGACCUGGCAUCAGCUGCCGAGGAUACGGCACGACCCUCGCCUGCCGCGGGCGCUUCCACGAAGCUGCCGCCGCCGAACACGCAGCCGUCGCCGUCCUCGUCAAGCGCCUGCACAGCCGCCCGCGCGAGCAGGUCCGCCUCAAGGUCCACCGCGUCCAGGCCCGUCGGGACCUCGGGAAGCGUGGUCGGCUCCUCGAGCUGUUCCGAGGCGCGGCCCCCGCUCAGCAAGGCGCCGUGCGGACAGGGGCGCCACGUCCUCGGGCAGGUUGGCGGCGUGUUGGGCGCAUUGCGCACCAGCACCUGCCCAGGCCUCGCCCGCACCCCGAUGACCCCCGCGACUACAGUAGGCCCGAGUGCAGCGCCGCACCCGUGCCCGUCGGGGCGGCCCAGCGCACGCCAGAGGCCCUGCUCCAGGGCAACGCGCCCGCGCCGCCUCGCCUCACGUCGAGGCGCAGAGGCCCCUAG